CGGCGGAAGGGGCGGGCGGCAGCGGCAGCAGCAGCAGCGUGGGACCGCCAUGGGCCGCAAGAAGAACAAGAAGGGUCCGGGCGGCCGCGAGGGAAGGCUGGUGGUGACUUUCGAUGAGGAGCGGCGGAGGGAGUACCUGACCGGCUUCCACAAGCGGAAGGUGGAGCGGAGGAAGGCGGCGCUGGAGGAGAUCAAAGGGAAGCUGAAGGAAGAGCAGAGGAAAAUGAAAGAGGAGCGGCACCAGGAGUACCUGAAGAUGCUGAGCGAGAGGGAGGAGGCGCUCGAGGAGGCUGAUGAACUGGAGCACUUGGUGACAUCGCGGACAGAGUCUGUGAACAUCGACCACCCAAACCACAUUGUAACAGUGACCACCAUCAGUGACCUGGACCUCUCGGGGACACGCCAGCUGGGACUGACCAGCUCCAUGGAAAAAACGGAUGGAUCUGAAGAAGACAAAGGGGAAGAGGUGGUGAACAAGCCUGUGAGAGCAAUGCCCAAGAAGUCCAGAAACCCCUUCCUGUCUGAAAAAAUCUCUUCUCUUACUGCCACACUGCACAUGCACAGCCGGAAAAAGACAAAAGGAAAGAGAUCCCAACGUGGGCAAGGCCCACGUAAGAAAAUCCAGAAGUCCAGCACAGGGCGAACCACCAAGACUCAGCGUCGGAGGCUGACUGGCAAAAUGGGCCGUGACCAAGAUUAACAGAGAAGCUAAUGUUCAGACCACCAGCUGGGACAGUGCUCAGUAUCGGGCCUGCUGCUCUUCAGGACACUGUCAUUGUGUGCAAGCACCUAGUUUACAUGGUGUUCUGACUAGCUGUGAACCCACUUCAGCCUUUCUGUAACCUCCUGAGCACUGGCCAGGGUGACCAGACACUCUACCCAUUUAUUUUUGCAGUAAUCUCCAGCUAAGUGCCUGGGUGCCACAGAAUCUGUUAAAAACUUCUGCUGAAGGUCAUGUUCACUAUUUGGCGUAACCCUCUGUCCUUUCAGAGCUGGUACUUGGGCUUUAUCAAAGAAGAGGAUCUGGGGCAGAGUGCAACGGGCACAUCGUUGUCAGGGCAAUUUGAGAGACUUGGGAGAGCUCUACUUGCACUCCUGCAUCAGUGCCCUGGCAUUUCUGCUGUGCAGUAAAUCCUUUUUCCAUGGAGACGUGGUGUCAUCUUGUCUCCUGUGUUUCUUCACCACACAACACAGUGCCACACCUGAAUGCAGGGGUACUUUUUGUGUGGUAGUUGUGCCAGGUGAAAUUGGGUAACUUUGUGAGUAAAUUGGAAGUAACUUUGCUAAUAAAAAAAAUAAAUCUGUGACUUAUUUGAAGCAUAA